GAUGCACCUUUCAAGGUUGUUCCCUAUUCCCUGCAGAACCGAGAGAAUCAGCACACGAACCCCAGACAGUUGAUCGAAGCAAGCAAAGUUGUUUUUGUUUUAUAUAUCGUCUUGAUUCAUUUUCAUAUUGACUAUUGGCCCCAAAAUAGGAAGAAAAAUAAGCUUUGGCGGCUACGUUUUCACGCUCGUGACUUGUCUGUGCAACUAUUUAGAUCUUGCUCUUGAUCCAGAAAGUUCGCUUUGAUUUUUCUUUUUUGAAGCCCUACAUACUAUCGCGAACUACUGGUGGGGAGACUAUCCGUUGCGGAGAAUUGGAGUCCUAAUAAACAUGUGGUAGACGUCCCCACAGUUUACAGACCUGAUUUACUUGGGUACGCCUUAUCAUACUCGGGCUGUCUCCGGAACGGAGGAGGCUCGUCACGGGGCCUCUUACCAGAGUAUUUCUGGGAGUCUGUGAGGUUCUUGGAACAAGGCAACUAUGGCGACGACGACUUCAACGUUUGUCCCGUAUAUCACGCCGCCGCCCGGGGUGGUAUCGAAUCCGACGGAUCCAGCGUCACUGUCAUAUGAGACGCAUAUCACUGUUGGGAUAUCCAUUGGAUUCGUUACGCUGUUUUUUCUUGCGCGGUUGUGGGCCAGGGUUAUGAUUAAGAAGACUUGGAUAUUUGAGGACUGGCUUGUUCUGUUAGCAUGGGUAAGUUUGCAAUAGCAGAAUGCAAGAUCGCCAGUUGACUAGAUCCACAGCUUGGUACGAUAGUCUACGACGCAGUAGUAUCACUGGUAAUGGCAAAUCACGGCGGAGAGCAUGCCUGGGACAUAAACCAUGCGCAAGGCAAAGACGCACUCUACUGGUUCAACAUUGCCUCAGUCGUAUAUGGCUUCGUCAUCUGCCUCACAAAACUAUCAGUUCUCUUCCUCUACCGCCGAGUCUUCUCCCCCGUCCGCUGGAGCGCAUUUGACUGCACAAUCGUCGCCUUGAUUGCAAUCAUGACAUCUUUUUACAUUAGCACCUGCAUCGUGAAAAUCAUGCAAUGUACGCCCCGAGCCAAGAUUUGGGAUAGUUCUGUGCAUGGAACGUGUAUCAAUGAGCCGGCUUUACUUAAUACGAGUGGGUUCUUUAAUACGAUUACGGAUUAUACAAUUCUCAUUCUACCGGUGCAUGCGGUUCUGAGGUUGCAGCUUAGUCGGAUGAAGAAGAUUUUGGUUGUUUUGGUAUUUACUUUUGGUCUUUGUGCACCGAUAUUCAGCACAGUCGGAUUAGUAGUCCGAUUCAGAAUCAGCGGCAGUCCAGAUAUAACAUGGAACGAACCCGAGAUCCUUCUAUGGGGUGCCGCAGAAAUAACCUCAGGUUUCCUAAUAGUCUGUUUCCCAGAAAUGUCCUUCCUUAUAAACCGCAAAUCCCGUCGCUACUACUCGCACCACCACCGCCCAACCCUAGAACUUUCUUCAUCUACUGGCGCCGGUCAAUCCCGUACCAACCGACCCCGUAAAAUGGCUGGUAGUAGCCACCAUCACGAUGACUUGACAUAUUAUGAACUGGAUGAUGACAUUGUCUAUGGUGUUAGGGUUAGUCCGUCGGGGAGUAAUUCGAGAUUACAUGAGCCGGCCAAUGGGACGGUGCAGGUUCAUCAUGAGAUUACUAUUGAGUGUAAUAAGAAGGAGGAGGUUGUUACUGUUAAUGGGCAACGAUAAUUUUAUUUUCUUUUUUUCUUUCGGAAAAGUAUAUACUAGGGUUUGUAGGUAUAUAUGGAUGCAAUAUACGGGGUGGAAUAUUCUUUCCCCCUUUUCCAAUC